AUGUCAGGGGCUAAUGAUUCUUGUCCUUUGGUGAAGAACAUUCUUCUUCUAGACUCUGAAGGAAAGCGUGUUGCUGUCAAGUAUUACUCGGAUGAUUGGGCAACUAAUGCGGCCAAGUUAGCUUUUGAAAAAUACGUCUUCACAAAGACCUCUAAGACCAAUGCUCGCACAGAAGCGGAGAUCACACUGUUGGAGAAUAACAUUGUUGUCUACAAGUUUGCCCAGGACCUUCACUUCUUUGUUACAGGAGGGGAAGAUGAAAACGAGCUCGUCUUGUCAUCUGUUCUUCAAGGCUUUUUCGAUGCUGUUGCAUUACUUCUGAGGAACAAUGUUGAAAAGAUGGAAGCCCUUGAAAACUUGGAUCUCAUCUUUCUGUGCCUUGAUGAGAUGGUUGAUCAGGGGAUGGUACUGGAAACAGAUGCCAAUGUUAUCGCUGGAAAAGUAGCAAUGCAGAGCGCAGAAGCGAGUGGUUCUCUUUCUGAACAGACGUUAACUCAAGCAUUGGCAACAGCUCGCCAUUUUGGCGAUUCUCCGAAACAUGGAAUCAAUCACAAUUCAUUCACCUUUACUUGUGGAAAGGUGAUUGGGAACAAAUGGGACACAUACCUUGACCUUCUCCAGGCUGAUUACUCUGAAGGGGACGCUCUUGAUGCGGUUGGAUUAGUCCGUUACUGUUUAAGGUCAUAUUAUGGAAAUGCUUAUUUCGUCAGAGGUGAUAAUAAAUGCACGUUUUAG